AUGUCAUUGGAAGUAAUCUACAUCACCCGCCAUGGAUUGAUGCUGGCCCUGCUGGUUUUGAGCAAGAGACUUCAUUCUGACAACGGCCUUGGCGUUCUUCAGUUCCGGUCCAACUGGCUUGUCGACCCUGCCACGGGAAGCUACACGGCCUCCAUCCCGUCACCGACAGGUAUACCUGCGGAUCCGGAAUUGACUGCCCAUGGCGUCGACCAGGCCAAGGAGCUGGGCACCCACCUCCUGACCGUUGAGCCUCCAAUCGACGCAGUUUAUUCCAGCCCCUACUAUCGCUGUCUGCAAACUAUCACGCCCUUUGUUACUCUCAACCAGGAAAACCUCAACCGCCUUCGGGAAAAAGACGUUGGCGCUAAAGCCGAUGCUGUCACCAUUCGUCCCGAACACGGCCUCUGCGAAUGGUAUGGCGCCGCUCCAUUCGAGCACCCGACUCCAGCCUCGAAAGACGUCUUGAAGCCAAUGUUCCCUCACAUCGAUGACACGUAUCAAAGCCGCGUCUAUCCCGCCCGCAACGGUGAGACUAUCGCUCAAUUGCACGACCGUGUCGCUGCUGGUGUUCAAGCCAUCAUUGAGCAAUGCGACGCCCAGGGCCACCGUGCAGUUAUUCUGUGCUCCCACGCUGCCUCGAUUAUUGCUCUUGGCCGAGUCCUUACUGGCGAAAUGCCCGAGAGUAUUGAUGCGGCAGAUUUCCGAGCCUUUACCUGUGGAUUAAGCAUGUACCGGAGAAAAUCACCCUCUUCUUCAGCAAAAACUCCAGGAACCGAUGGCCCAAUCGCGGAUACCAAGUCGUGGAGGAAUGGUCGGGGAGUCGCAGGCGGGUGGAUAUGUGAGCUCAACAGCGAUUGCAGCUUUCUGAGCGGAGGAGAAGAGAGGGGAUGGCGAUUCUCUGGCGACGAGUCCUUUUCCACGGCCGAAAACUCUUCGCAGGCCGACGCUGGAGUGGCGCUCGGCGUGGUGGUGGAAGGAAAAGUGAAACCUGACAAGGUCUCUCCCCACAGAGCUGCAGGUCAUCAUCGUCUCUAG